AUGACAGCCUCAGCAGUGCUUCUCGCCGAUGGAUCAGAGGGCUUUCUGAGUCACGGAGAGACUUAUUGCAGCUUGGCUUGCGUGGAUGGCAAUAUUUGGGCACUGCGCUCGUGCGAAGAGUACGUUGACGUGCUAGAUGCACGAGGAUGUGAUGUACUUGACACUGUAAGCUUGCCUGAGGUGUGCGUCUCAAUUUGCUGCGUUGGGCAACGAGUGUGGCUUCUUACACUUAAAGGUCAGAUUCUUAUUUGUGAACCCAGUGGCGUGUUUCUUGGCGUGCUCGAUGCGCAAGUAGGAAGUAUCGAAUAUUUCCACAUUCUUUGGAGUUGCCCUUUGUUCUUGGCGACUAGCCAAAAAUGUGCCUUUCACAUAUGGGAUGUCGCUCGGACAGAGGUACGACAAACUUUCUCCUGUGAAGGUGGUGAUAUCAUUGAGGUGUUUCCGAUUCACUUGAAGAAUGUAUGGAUGUGUGUUCAAACGGAUCGUAUCUCCCUGUGGAAUGCAGGGAAUAGCAGUCCCAUAUACGUGGAGCCAGUGGAAAAUGCCACUGCGGCUGUCUUCCUGGGCUCACUUGGUAGAGCAUCACCUGCUGACUGCUGCUGGGUGGGAGGAGCUGAGUGGAUAACCGUGUUUCGAGUUGUGGAGAAUUCCACUGAAGGAGUUGUGUCACUCCAAAAGGAGCGAUUGAUUCCGUGUGCGAAGGUGCGUCAACUUGCGGCGCCUUCCUUCUCGCGUGUUGUAUCAUUAGAUGCUGAGGCAUUAGUGACGGUGUGGGACUCGCAUAAGUUCACCCCCGUGCGCCUAUUUAAAAUCGAUUCCGCAAUGGGGCUGGAACGCGGCGUUUCUGGCUCCGUUGUGUUUUCGGCGAGAACAUCGCGAAUAGCGACACUGUGGACGCUGUGCGGAGGCAAGUGCCUUGUGUGGGAGGACCGAGAAGACGAAGAUGCCGUACUUUGGGUAGAUGCUUCAGAGGACUGUAGACGUGAUUUAAUGCAGGAAGAGAUUCUGUACUUGCGCAAAAAGAACCUUUGCCUGCUGGAGAUGAUGGAUGCGUAUCGGGAGAAAGUAUUAGAAAUCGUGUCAAUAACAUCUGGUGACAGGGAGAGAACAACGGCGAACGUUGUGACGCUAAACAAGUGCCUUGGUGAUCAGCUGGUGAUGCUGCGGCGUGAUGAUAAGAAACCCCAACGCGUACGAUUUUCAGAGAAGUGUGUGGAACAAGUAAAGUUCUGGCGAGAAAAGUAUGCUGCAGAGAUGGAGCGCAAUGUGAUUUUGCUUAACGAUCUUCGACUUCUCGCUGACCGACUAAAAUCUAAAUGUCGUGACUCAGAGUUUGAUGUCAGAGUGGCGGAUCUUCUAACCUCAAAUUGUGCUUCUCAGAGACGGGAGUCAGAACUCCGUCGCCGACUGCUUCUGCUGGAGACACGACUGUACGAGAUGGGCACAACGGUCCCUAGCAGCAUGAAUGCUUUGGAUGGCAUCGACGUCGACAAAGAAAACUGUUGUGCUCGCGUUGUGGAGCUCCAAAAGGAGUUGCAACGCGCACUGGAAGUGGGUGAAGGGUCCGUGACAGCGCAACAAGACAUACAGAAGAUUACUGAGGCUCUAAAUGUGGCACAGAAAGCCCUUCAACUGGAGCGAGAGAAGACAGUCUCACUCGCACGUCAUGCAUCAGUCAUGAAAAGUGAGAACGAGAAGUUGUUUGGUGCUGUAGAAUACCUACAGGAAGAACUCAAGAACACACAGCGGGAGAAUAGUGAACGUGCUGAGCUAUUGACGAGGCACAAAGUGGAGGCCGAGGAGGCGGCAAGAAGGUCGUCAUUGGCGGUUGCUGAAGGGGUGGAGGAGAUACGUCUGCUUCGAAACCAGGUAGAACAGGUGGAAGACAAUCGACACCUUGUAUCGGUCAUUUCUCUACGAGAUACAGAGAUUUCCGGUCUGAAAAGGCAGCUGGAUAUUUUGAAGAGCAUGCUUUCGACGCGACAAAAAGAAUCUGCGGGAGCCAGUAGUGCGUAUGACUCCAUUGUAGACUUGCUGCAGUCGGUAAAACAUGACUCCCAAGCAACGCGUCUGGUGCGCACGCUGGGGGAAAUCGAAAAUCGCUUGGAGCAUUUGAAGGUUUCGGAACAACUUCUUAGGCAAAAGGAUGACCUAAUUGCAGUAAGAGACGACGAACUUCGAGUUCUCCGAAGUCGUCUGGGCGCGGUUGAGGAGACCGUUUCGCGGGUGUCGUCUCUUUUUUACCAUGUCCCCUACACUGUUGAGGACGUUGAGGCACAAUUGCUGGAGCUCAACGAAUACCGUCAACGGUAUGGUAGAAGUGAAAAGAUUGAUGAAGCUGUGGCGAUGCAGCUCCUGGAGUUGGCGUCUGCUCGCCCCAGUGCUCGGCAUGGAAACAUGAGAGAAAGUUAG